AUGCUUGCCAGUGUACUUCGCCGUGGCGGCCAUGAAGCGUCGUCCAGCGCGUCCCAUCACAUCAUUGCGCCCGUUGCCGCCCUUGAACGUGCUGCGCCGUACACACGCUUCAACACUCUCCGGAUGCACGCCCAUCGCGAGGGCAACUUUCGUGCGCGGACUGCCGGUUGGCGCGCGU